AUUAACUCUACGAAUAACUGGCAGCAUUAUUUGUCGGCACUCGGCAAAGGUUUCGCUCUCGUCCUAUUCUGGCAACUGUUGAUCUUCGCCAUUUCCUCUUCAAGCGUGCGCCGUCCCGAGACAGCGCGUGGUAGUGUCCAGUGCUGUCGACUUAUUGUUUGAUCUGUAAGAUACGUGAAACCCAGGCUUGGUAAUACAGCUAGUUGGUAUUUUUGAAGAAGACGCAAAAUGCCGCAGAACGAACACAUUGAGCUUCAUCGAAAACGUCAUGGUAGACGUUUUAAUUAUGAAGAAAAGAAAAGGAAAAAAGAAGGGAGAGAACCUCAUGAAAGAUCUAAAAAGGCACAAAAGCUGCAUGGCUUGAAGGCCAAACUGUACCAGAAACAGAGAUAUUCAGAAAAGGUACAGAUGAAAAAGACCAUAAAGGCUCAUGAAGAGAAAUUAAGCAAAAGAAAGGAUAAGGAAGCAGUACCAGAGGGGGCUGUGCCAUCGUACUUGCUGGAUCGUGAGGGCCAAACUCGUGCUAAAGUUCUUUCAAAUAUGAUAAAGCAGAAAAGGAAAGAAAAGGCUGGUAAAUGGGAUGUACCUCUCCCAGCUGUAAGAGCUCAAGCAGAGGAAGAGGUAUUUAAAGUGAUCAAGACAGGUAAAAGAAAAAAGAAGGCAUGGAAGCGACUUGUAAAGAAAGUGACAUUUGUUGGUGAGAACUUCACAAGAAAGCCACCCAAAUUUGAAAGGUUUAUUCGUCCUAUGGCGUUGAGAUUCAAGAAAGCUCACGUUACUCAUCCUGAAUUAAAAGCCACAUUUCAUUUGCCUAUUCUUGGUGUUAAGAAGAAUCCCAGUUCAACAAUGUACACAACUUUGGGUGUUAUAACUAAGGGUACAGUAAUAGAGGUAAACAUUAGUGAACUUGGACUGGUAACUCAGAGUGGUAAAGUGGUCUGGGGUAAAUUUGCGCAAGUUACAAAUAAUCCAGAAAACGAUGGCUGUAUUAAUGCAGUGUUGUUGGUAUAAUUCAUUAGAGGACCUAGGAAUAAGAAACCAUUUAUAUGUUCAAACUUCUGAGUUGGCCUACCCUCACUCUUGCCUUUUUCUGUUUUCCAUUUCAGAAUAGCCAAGAUGCAGAUCUUCGUUAAAACUCUCACUGGCAAGACCAUCACCCUUGAGGUCGAGCCAUCUGAUACCAUUGAAAAUGUCAAAGCCAAAAUUCAGGACAAGGAGGGUAUUCCUCCAGAUCAACAGCGAUUGAUUUUUGCUGGAAAACAGCUUGAAGACGGUCGCACACUUUCUGAUUAUAACAUUCAAAAGGAAUCUACACUUCAUUUGGUACUGCGACUUCGUGGUGGUGCCAAGAAACGCAAGAAGAAGAAUUACACCACCCCAAAGAAGAUUAAGCAUAAGCAUAAGAAAGUUAAACUGGCUGUGCUGAAAUAUUACAAGGUUGAUGAUAAUGGGAAGAUUACCCGCCAGCGACGAGAGUGUCCAAGUGAGGAAUGUGGUGCUGGUGUAUUCAUGGCAAAUAUGUUUGAUCGCCAGUACUGUGGAUGUUGUCAUCUUACCUUUGUUUUCAAUAAGCCAGAAUAAAGUAUUAUUCUAGGUACUUGCA